CCAUGACAAGCUUCUCGCUGAUGCGAGAAUGCAAGGGCAUCAGCGCAUCAAAUGUCUACUGCUGCCCAACCAUGGACAUUGUUGCGAUCAUCACCACGGAGCACCAUGUGCUGGUUUACCAAUCAGUGGAGUGGAAAAAACUGCUGCACAUACAGCCAUCCGACACGGCUUCACAAGUGACGCAUGUUGCGUGGCGUCCAUGUGGCAGGACAUUAGCUAUCGGACGGCGAGAUGGACAAGUGCACUUGCAUGACAUCGAGGCCGAGUCGGACGACUCGACUUGGCAGUCCUUUGAAAACGUGAGCAGCUACCACCACGUCCACCCAAUCGCCGCGUUAGCGUGGACAAACAUCACAGACUGCAACUCGUCCAAGAUGAAGGAUCGCACGCCGUCGUACGUCAUGAACCCUCCCUCGUCCUUCUCGGACACGUCGACCACGUACACUCCCAUUUCGCCCAUUCCCGACGAGCACCACCAUGUCCUCGCGUCGGCCGACACGCACGGCACCAUCCUCGUGCACUUGUGGGGCAAUGUGUGUCUGGCCCGCGUCGACACUUCCGUCACCAACAUACAGCACCUCUACGUGCUCCAAGACCUUUCUCGCGUGCAUGUGGCCACCAUAACCGGCCAAGUCGUCAGCUACCGCCUUCCCACCAGCACCUCCAAGGAAAUCCUCUUUGUCGUGGCCCAUCACAUCCGAGAAAUUCAAAGCCUCUGGGCCAUGAUCACGUCAGCGCUCAAGCAGCUCAAAACAGAGUGGGGCAACGGCGUGCGACUAUUUGAAGCCAAAUUUCGGUUGCUGCCUGGCGAGUACGCCAAGUACGGCUGCCACCAAGUGCCUCAGAUGCACAUGUACACUCUGUUGUGCAGUGGGUUGUGCUACCCAGCGUUGGAGCUGUUUCUGUCGCAGUAUUUGCAAGCCCAGAGUAUUCAAAAAAUGCAAAAGACGUUUGCCCACGGCUGUGACGCCGUCGACACGUUGCUGCAUGAACAUGCUGUCACGGGGGCGUCGGCCGUUCUGUUUCGACUGACUGAGUUGCGCGGCUUGGCUCGUUCGUACCAGUCAUUGGAGUCGAUCGGGAUGUCUACGUCGGCGCUGUCCGACUUUAUCGAGGCCACGGAGGGGUUUCUGCUGCAAUUGAACCGCAUGCAGCGCGCAGUGCGCGACACGGCCGUGAACAUGGGGCUGUUCCUGGACUGGAUUGCCCACACAAGCGCUAGCGUGACGAACAAGACACGGCUUGGAUCGAGUAACCCCGUGGACACGCAGCGCCUCGCUCGGUUCCUCGAUCAUGCGUACCAUGUGGCCGUAGCCCAUCGCAAAGCCCAUCCAAACGACAUGGAGCUGACAUUUGGCAACCCCAUGCCGUCGUUGAUUGACGGAAUAGGCGAUGCAAACACACGUGUGGUCAUGCAGUGGACACGUCUCUUGGCCAAGUCGACGUCGUCACCGCCAAUAUGUACACUUGUCCGACAAGCGUCGUUGCCACACUCGAGCGUUUUGUUUGGUCCGCAGUGGACGCUCUGCUUUCAAAAGCACUUGGCCGACGUUCAUGUGUACGAUACAACGACGUGGGACAUGUGGACGACCCCAUCGAUCGCCCCGCCCUUUCAUGUGGUGCAAGCUAGCAUGUACAUUCGAGAGUCGUGUCCGCCGCGCGUGGCUGUCGUCGUGUCCAAUGGCGACCAAGCGUACUUGCAACUCGUACCGAUGGAAGACUCUUCAAAGCACCAACGUCCGCCGCCUCAUGAGGAUGCGGCGCCAACGGAUGAGGCGGUGCGGACGAGGGAGGUGGGGUCGACGGUGGUGGCGCUGGCCGCCAACGGCAUGCGCGGCGUCCUCUGCGUGCUCUCCCAUACAUCUUUUGCUAUGUACGAUGGCGAGUGCGACGACGAAGACAUCGACCAACAAGACGAAUGAAGUGAAAGGGGAAUGCAGAAGAAUUGAGCCAAUCAGAUUGCAGGAAACCACCAUCCUCCUCAACAUCAAAUUAGUGUGUGUGCCAGAAAUUAGUGUGAUUCCAAAUAUACACACUUCAAAG